AUGGCUGCCAUCAAAGCCUAUGGUGCUUCCCGCGAUACAGUGCAUGUAACAGCCACCUACAAAGAGUAUCGAAAACGAUACACCGUAAACCCCACCAGCGAUGGAUUUUACAUGACGGCGCUUUUGGACUGUGGUCAAUUACCCAUGGCCUAUCGCCAUUUACGAGAUAUGAUGGACCGCACAUGUACAACGCAACUUGCCAAGUACCUUUCGGAUUGGAUUGCAUUGUGUGUAAAACGCAACAUGAUGCCGUUGGCCCUGGAAGGUUUAACCGUGUGUGAUAUCGAAAGUAUCGAAAAGGAACCAUUAGAAAGCAUCACACAAUCACUUUGGCUUGGCUAUUCCCAUGAAAGGAUGACACCCAUGUCUGUCGAAACCUUUGUUCAACUGUAUAUAGAAGAAAAGGUCACAAAGAUCGACACAUUAUACCUCUUUACGAUGAUGGACUUGAUCUCGUAUACCUCGCUUAUGACACCUACACAUCGUACUUUACACCUUUUAUUAGAAUAUGCAUUUGAUCGACAACAGUAUGGGAGAGUGAUCCGUGUCUUAUCCAGCAUGACACACGAUUCUGAGGAAACCAUGCAAUUUUUAGCUGCAAGGUUGGGACCCCAUACGGGUUACGCACAAUACGUGGAGACCCUGCAAUCCCAACUCGAUAGUGGGAAAGAGACGAAACGUAUGCUUGCACGAGGGGACGAAACCGUGAUGGAUUGGCUACGAGACACAGGAUGUCAAGAUUUAGAUUGCUAUGCCAUGGUGUUGGAACAUUGGUUAACGUGUGGACGAUGGAAGGAAUGUAUACGAGCCUAUGGACGAUUAAAAACAAGAGAGAAAGGCACCAUGACGAAUCGACGUCUGGUGAAAGCGUAUGUGACUGCACGGUGUUCGAUGGGAGACGAUUGGAUGGGAGUAGAACGAGCAUUGACGGAAGGACAGAUCCGAUUUACGUCGACAACUGUCACACGUAUGCUGAUGACAAUGAUGGGUUUCCAGAGCAAGACGGGUGUAGGAUUGGUGCCUGGGAAACAUGUGUUAACGGCAUUAACCCUGAUGGAAAAGAAGCUGGAUGUGCAACUGAGUGGAGAAGAACUGGCUCGAUUGAUCAGCGGGUUAGGGAAACGAGGCGAUGUCGAGAAUGGAUUUCGAUUGUAUACAUGGGUGAGAGAACAAAAGGGAGAACGAUGUGCCAGCAGUCAUUUGUAUCGUGCCAUGAUGACCAGUGCUACCAAAAACAAUGAUAUUCGUAAACUGGAACGUGUGUGGGUGGAUAUGCAAUACCGAAAACGAUUUUUGGACGAUGGAGAAAGUGAAAAGGAAGAACAUUCAUUGACGAGAUACAAUGUCUUGCUAAACGGGUAUGCUUCUCGAUUGCCUAAACCUGACUUGACACGAGUAAAGAAAGUCUUUCAACGGUUACUGGGGCAGAAUUUAUCACCGGAUAUUGUGACCUAUAACAUUUUAAUUAAAGCGUUUGUGAAUGCGAAUAAUAUGGAAGCCGCUAAUCAAAUAUUUCAAAAGAUGAUCCAAUCGGGUAUCCAACCUGAUACCUAUUCGACCAACACAUUAUUAAACGGCUGGAUUAUUCGAAAGGAUUGGCAUCAUGUGGAAACAUUUGUGAAGGAAUUAAAAAAGGGCACGCAACAAGAAUUGGAUGUGGUGACGUUUAAUUUAUUAGUACAAAGUUUCUUACAAUUGGAUUCAAAGACGAUGAAUUAUACACAUUGGCUUAAACAACAAAAGAAGGGUGCGCAUCUGAAGCAAAUGGAAACGAGUAGUACUCAAGUGACCGGUAAAAUGUCGAGUCAGAAGAUUUGGUCCAUCUUUCGAUCAACGACGGGAUAUGGACCUGAUUUGAAACCUACGGCGAUGGAAGGAUUUGUCAAGUUAUUCUCCACAGAGGCUGAUGAGGUGACAGGCAAACUGUUUAUGAAGGCCUUUGUCAAUAUCAAGGAUUAUCCAUCCGCUGCUAAAAUACAAAAAUGGAUGACGCUUAUACCACAUAAUAAUAAAGAAACAUUAUAA